AUGACAGAAGACUCAGAAGAGCAACCACCUGAAGACGGAUUAUUAAGCGACUAUCAACCUACUGCCAGUACAGCCUCAGAUGAUGAUGACUCCCAAGUUAUUCCAGCCAACCCAUUCCUAACUAGAGUAACAAAUGUUUGGAAUUUCAAUGACCCCAGGAAAAGGAAACAUAUAUUCGAAAAUGUAGCUAAUGACCUCAUCAGUGCUAGGUACACUGUAGAUCCCAAACAUGUACAAAACAAGUGGAAAGGUUUAUUAAGAAGUUAUACAAAAGCUAAGGACAUAAAAAAUAGCACAGGGCAAGGACCUUCCAGAUUUUUCUUUUACGAAAUGAUAGAUGAUAUUGUUGGUAACCAUCCAAAGAAUAGUUGUACUCAUUCUCUGAACAGCUUAGAUACACCCAUUGUAGCUGAUGGAGAAAAUGAAGAUCCAGAUUUGGAAAUGGAGAGAAAUGAUCAGAAUAGUACAGAAAUUGAGAAACAAUUGGAAGAAGAUCCUCCAAGUAAAGAAAAAAGUUGUGGUCAAAACAACUUUAGUCCCUCCAAAAAAAGGAAGAGAAUAAGUGAAAAGCAAUUGAAAAAGGAAUAUGUUGAUUUGAAAAGGGAAGAAUUCACAAAGCGUCAGAAAAGACAUGAAGAAAAGAUUCUCAUAGAAAAAGAAAGAAAUGAAAUUGACAAGAAGAAACUUUCUGUCUUAGAAGAGUAUCUCCAAAAUAAGACUCGCCAUUAA